AUGCCCCGGCCGAGCAUCUCGGAACAACUAGCGAGGGAGCUCGAAAGGCGGGACCGACAGCCACCCGAGGUACCGACCUUUGGACCGCGUCACUUCACCGAAGACCGUCUCCCGGCCAGCAGUCGCUGGGGCUGGCGACAUCACUUUGCGCACAAAGACCAAUGUCACGCGUCACCCACUGCCCCGCCUCAAGCGCUGCAUCACGGUGCUUGCCCAAGGGAUAUCGUGGCGGGUGGGCGGGCGGCGCGCGAGGUGUAUCUCACACCGGAGCUGCGAGCGAGGGUGUUUGGGUAUAUCGAUAGUAAGGCGACACUGGCGGGGAUGCUGAGGCUGGAGAAGGCGGCAACGGCGAGCGUGGCGGCGGAGCUGUAUAGGGAGAUUCACGUGUCUUUGGUUUCCAAGAUGAGCCGACGUGACGGACCCCGCCGCGUCAUCUACUGCGACUCGGUCCUCGUCCUAGACCGCAGCCCGCGCCCGAGUAUCACCGACCCAGACCGCGAGCCCCGCAUCAAGUGGGACGCCAAGGUCGAGUCUACUCCCCGCUUCGACCCCAAGACUCUCCUCAAGGACUCGCUCCUUGGCGGAAGAACUAGGGAGCACGACGACUCGUAUAUCGUCCAUCUUCGGCCCGACGGGAAGAUCAUCGUCGAUCUCGAGAGCCAUGUCGAGCUCGUCAUGUUCGGCCGACGCCUUCCCAAGCGAGACGCGCCAUCGGCGGGCAAGUCGCUCAUGGAGACGCCAUCGUGGCCCGGUACGGGCAUCGAGCUGGGCCGGCACACCCUCGCGAUCGAGCUUGUAGAGCGCACGUAUAGGUCACACCACGGGUCAUAUGCGGAGUCUGAGGGGCGGAUCGAAGAGUGGAGGACCUGGCUCUUCCGGAAUCCUGAUCUGGAUCGGCGCGUCACGCGGAUCUCGUACGGCGUGUACAAGUGCCGGCUCCGGCCGUCACUCAACGAGGCGCUGGUGCAUCUCCAGCAGCGCCAAGCAGGGGGCUGCGAGCCUAUGAAGAGCUUCGAGCUGGAGCCGGAGGAGGAUAAGGAGAUCUCCGCGGAGAGUGUCCAGGAGCUCGCUAUAGCCCUCGGACCAGAUCUUCGCGAGCUCAGAAUCACCGAGCCAUUCGUCCGGGACUAUGACGACCUCGAGAUCGCCAUGGAUAUCUUUGACGAGUACCUCCCCAAGCUCGCCAUGGAUAUCUUUGAUGAGUACCUGCCCAAGCUCGCCAAGCUCGGGAUCGUCUUCGACUAUAUAAACUACGACGAUGAGUGCGUUGCCGAGAAUCACUCGUCCCCGCUUUUCGGCGUGCGGAACCUCCGGUCGCUCUCCAUCUCCCCUGAGCCAAACGGUUGGCACAACGAUCCGAUUACUAUCAAAGCCCCUACUCUCCGUCGGAUCAGACACUCGCUCUCACAGCUAGGAGGGAAGCAUACGGUCUUCGCGUGGACAGUGUACAAGUCUAUCAAGGCGAUGAAGGGCUUCAGUGACUCUGUGAUUGAGUUCAGGCCGGAGAUGGAUCCGCCCGAGUGGUAUGACGAGUGCGCGAGGGAGAUCGGGGAUCGGGAGGAGUGUGUGAUGCGAUAUCGAUUUUGGGAAGAGCGAGAGGCGGUCAGGAGGGAAAGAGAGUGGCGCCGACGAGAAGCCGAGUAUGCCGCUCGACUGAGAUAUGAAGAGGAGCCACUCAUCGCCAUCGCGGGCUAG